AAUCAUCUCAAUGGAACACUCAAACCAAACCAGAUCACCAGUCCUUCACCAAACCCCUCACCGAUCCUUCAGUCCCAAUGCCGCCCGUCCAAGCAGAUCAAAUCCUACCCAACCCUUAUCUCAACCAUUCCAAAAUACUCAACAAUACGACCAUAACCAAGAAGAAGAUGAUGAUGAAGAAGAAGAAGGUGAUCCUGCUUCAAACUACGAUGUUUAUAAAGAUUUCAAUAAUGCAGGAGUUAGGUACGUUAAUAUAGUCGAAAGUCCAGAAGAACCUCUCAACACCACUUAUCCAACAUCAGAAGAUAAUAAAUUAGAAAUACCAAAAGAAAAAUUCAUCUUAGCCAACGAUUCAAAACAACAAACUAGUUCGAAUUCUAAACUUUUAUCAUCUAAUCGUCAUUCAAAACGGAAUUCAAAACAAACUAAAUCUUUAAGAAAAAGAUGGGGUUGGAGACUAGGUGCAGUGAUUGCUUUUAUAGUUUUAGCUUGUCUAGGAAUCGCAAUUUACUUUGUAAUUCCUCGUCAACCGGCCAUCUCAUUCGAUAAACCGAUCAGUUUCAAAGGCAACAGUACUUCAGCAAUCUUUAAUCCUUCUAAACCUACUGGCUUUUCAUUUGAUGCUCGGCUCAGUAUGGCUCUAGAUGGUAGAUCUUCUUAUAUACCAGCCAGGAUCCGAAGCUUUCGAGUGUUUAUUAAUGAUCUUGGUUCGACUUCUGAAAGUAUUUUGGUCGGGAAAGGUGGGUUGGAUAAAGCCUUUACAGUCGGGACUUCUGCUUUAACAUCUCUUGAUAUGGAUGUUCAAUUCUCAUACACGGCUGGUGCUCAGACUGAUGCUCUAUGGCAAGCUUGGCAUCAAGCUUGUGUGAAUGUUGAAGCUUCUAAAGUUAAUGGGACAGUCACUAGACCUGCUUUACAGUUAUCUUUGGUCAUCUCCUUUGAUAUGCUUGGGAUCCCAGGUGCAAGAGGUGAUAGUACUCAACUUAAUGGAGUUUCAUGUCCGAUCGAACUUCCUGUUUGAGUUUUUGAAACUCUUCAUUCAUUCACUCUAUUAUCUUUUCUUUGGAUUGGGAUCUAAUCGUUUCUUUCAUGGCUCUUCGUCUUCUUCGUAAUCUUCAUACCAUCCUAUCUUUCAUUCGAACCAUUUAAUCAUUCCUUUCCUUUCCCAUCUCAUCUUUCACCUUAGCAUGCUGCAUUUCUAUUGAAGUAUCUACCAUCACUUUCUCAAGACCUUUUAUCAUUCAAAUGGAUCGGUACUUCUUAAUACUUUCUGACUCUAAAGUUGAACAUCUGAUCUGUUUUUUUUUGUCUUGUAUCACUUGAAGAACAUUCAGAUGAAUUGUAUAAACGUUUAAACCUUUUGUUUUCUCCUUCAUUUUGUCUUUUGUGGAGUCUUAUUGUAAUGGAACUUGGUAUAG